UUUUUUUUUUCAUGUUUUACCAAAGACCGUUAUUAGUUAUUGGAGGUGUUGCACUAGAUAUUACUGCAACUGCUUCUACUAAUACUAAUAAUGGUAUUCAAUCAUUAUUACAUACUUCUACUCCUGGUAUUGUUAGACAAACUUUAGGUGGUGUAGGUCGUAAUGUGUGUGAAGCUGCUUUAAGAACUGGUACUUCUUCCAUCUUAUAUUCUGCUAUUGGUAAUGACUUGGCUGGUUCUACUAUACUUAAAGGAAUGACAGAUAUGAAUAUGGAUACCUCAUUAUUAGAUGUCUUACCUACCAAAGCAACAGCAGUAUACAAUGCUUUUCAUUCCAAGGAUGGUCAAUUAAUUACUGCUGUAGCUGAUAUGGAUAUUUUUGACUCAUUAUCGAUGAAUAAGCUUCAAGAUGUGUUUAAAAAAUUCCAUCCAUCCUUAGUAUGUUUUGAUGGCAAUAUUACAGCAAAAGCAAUGGAAAUGGUAACUUCUACAUGUGUAUCCUUUGGUGUACCUGCAUUUUUUGAACCUACUUCUAUACCAAAAUCACUCAAGAUCUUUGAUUCAUCAAAAACUCUAUUAUCUGGAGCCAUACAAUAUACAUCACCAAAUCAAUUUGAACUAGAAGGUAUGGUAGAUCAAGCGAAAACACGAUUUCAAUCAUCAUCCACCGAAAAAUCAAUGUUACAAUAUCCCGUACUACCAACCAAUGCUCCACCAAUAGCACAUCAAACAUUACCAGAUGCAUUAUAUCUCUCCAAUUAUAUUCCUCAUAUUAUCACCAAGUUAGGCGAAUAUGGUUGUCUAUAUGUGGGACCAAAACAAGGUCAAAAACAUCAAAAGUCUAUGCAUUAUUUUACACCCGAAUUUUUGGAUCCUGAUACUGUCAAAAGUGUUACUGGAGCUGGAGAUAGUUUUGUGGGUACUAUCUUAGCCAAUCUGGUGAAAAACCCUUUCCCUGAAGAUCUCAAUAUAUGGCAACGAAUUAUUCCUUUUGGUCAACAAGCAGCAAUCCGAACUUUACAAUCAGAUUUAGCGGUUAGUCCAUUAAUUGAUAAAGAUUUAUUAUUAUAAAAUAGUUUAAAAAUUGUUGUAUUUUAGUUACAUAUUAAUGAAGAUCAUAUUCAUUCUUUUUUUUUCUUAACUUUUUUCCGAACUUUUUUUUC